AUGGGCGGAAGCAAGGGCAAAGCGCCCCAGCGCCGGGCUCGACCCCGAAGGCCAGCCUCAGCGGAGCAGGAGUCGGGGUCCGCCAGCGCUGACAGCGCCCCUAGGCGGGAUCGCAGGCUUGCUCGCGGCAAAACCCACAAGACCAAGCCUGCUAAGGACCUGGACGCCACCAAAGGCAAGGGGACCACUGGAGGCCACAGGAAGCCCACCGAAGAAGGGAACCACCCUUGCAAAAGUGCAGGGACUGGGACAUCACUGGAGACCCGGGGAAGGCAGGGCAGCUCUCAGGGUCGAGGCCACAGGUCUACCGGGAGCCGUGAGCCCGGGGACAGUCAUGGGGAGCUCCCUGAGGAACAGAAACUCCCCGGGGAAGAAGAGUGGACGGCCAAGCGCGGCCGCCGCAGAAGAAAGGAGCAGGGGCCAUCGGCUCCGCGAGGCCACGGGGAGACUUCUGGCAGGGAUGGGGACACGUCGGGCGGGGAUGGUGGCAGCUCGUGCCUGGACAGUGAACACCACGAGGCCCUGGACAGCAGCAGCCAGGGUGGUGGAGCCUCGGAGCGGCCAAUCAAGACCAAGACUUCUGACAGGAGCUCAGAAGGCGCGCUUAUCACAAGACCUGAGUCAGCUGGCAGCAACCAUCACAGCAAUGAUGGACACGCCUUGGAGCUCCAGAGCAGGGAAGGACCGUCGGGAACAAGGACUCAGGGAGCGAGUGAUGAUUCUCGGACAGAUACAGACUCGAGUCCCGGGUGGUCCGGGCACAGACAUGGCCCACGAGAGACCCCAGGAACCUCAAGCCGCAUCCCUGAGUCCCAGGAGACAGAGCUGGCCAGGGAAGCUGCAGUCUCCAGCUCUCUCGAGAAUAGCUGCGCAAGCGCCCCCAGGGGCUCUCAGGGUCCUCGGGACUCCAAAGUGAUGGCAAACACCAGUGACGUCGGGGCACAGCCAAAGGCUGAGCUGCAAGGCACUGAGCCUGAGACGGCGGAGGCCCCCAGGGCUCAGCGCCUCCAGGUCGGAGAGGUGGCGGGGAAGGUACAGGUGGUUGUGAGCGAGGGUGACACCGGAGCUGGAGAGGGAGCAUGUGCAGGGGACAGACGACCCCGGGACCCGGCGCCGCUGACUGCACUCGUGGUGCUCCGCAAGCUGCGCACGAGGGCCCCGGCUGGCACGUCUCCCCAGGUCUCGGGUGGCCUCCACGGGAGCCUCAAGACGCGGCUGCAGCGUGUGGCGCGGGCCCUGUGCCUCCUGCGCUGGCUGCGACUGCGGGUGGAGCAAGGUCGGGGCGACGCACGCAGGGCCAGGCCGCAGGAGCGUGAGGAGCGCGGCCGCGAGAGGGCGCUCGAGGCGCGGGGCGGGGCGCCCGGGCCACGGCGCUGGCGGGCCUUACGCCUGGCCUGGCGGGCGGUGCUCCGGGGACCGCCGUGGGCUCCCCCUAGCGGCAGUCCGAGCCCUCCGCAGGCGCUGAAUAACUCAGGCUCAGAUGGUGCAUCAGCCAUCGAGGAAGCAUCUGCAGAUCCAAAGUUCGCGGUGGUCUUCCCCCGGAUCCAUAGUGCGCAGAAGGAGUCGUGCAGCGGCCCCUCAGGAGCAUCCACGGACGCCCCCACCGGGGAAGGCCGCGUUUCGUCUCCUGCAGGGGCUGCAGAGUACAGGGAGGAGCAAGGGGCUAGUGGAGAAGGGGUGGUCAGGUCCCGCCAGGCUCCCUCCUUUUCCCCGUCUGCCACCAGUGGAACUCCACCCGAAGAGAACCGGAGCGAAGCAGAGCCAGAGACCCCAGAAGUUGGGACUCCAGUGCACUGGGCGCAGGGCUCUAAUCCCUGCGUAGACCCUGGGCUUGGCGCUGAUACUCUGCUGCCUCAACUUACCUUGGAGACCCGCCUACGGCAGAAUAGCGCUUGCAGGUCCCCAGGGGAGCGGUGGGAACCAGAGGAUGACGCUGAGGCAGCGCUGGAGAGGGAUCUGGAGCUGAGCAUCUGGAAGGACCUAGAGAUUCCACCCUUCCCCGGUGCUAAGACCAGGAGUCUCCCAGAGGGUCUGGAAGACACUGAGGACCUCGCCCGGCUGCGGCUGGUGUGUGACAGCUCUGUGCUGCUGUGCCUCAAGAAGAGGUUCCACCUGGGCCGCAUCUAUACCUUUGGGGGGCCCCUCCUGCUUGCUCUGAACCCCCACCAGGCUCUCCCUCUCUUCUCACCUGAGGUCGUGGCCAGCUACCACCCCAGGAAGGCCCCGAACACCACACCACACAUCUUUGCCAUCGGGGCAGCAGCCUAUAGCCUGUCUCAGAGCUCUGGACAGGAUCCCUGCAUCCUCCUAGGGGGGCACAGUGGCUCAGGGAAGACGGAGACUGCCAAGAAGAUUGUGGAGUUUCUAAGCAGCCUGGGGCAGAAGCAGACAGAGGCCAGAGGGGCUCAGCUAAAGGACAUACUUCCCGUGCUCAGCAGCUUUGGCCACGCCAAGACCAUCCUCAAUGCCAAUGCCAGCCGCUUUGGCCAGGAGCUAUGCCUCUGCCUGCAGCAGGGAGCCACCAUAGGAGCCUCUGUGUCCCACUAUCUGCUUGAGACCUCCAGAGUAGUGUUUCAGGUAAGGCCCCGCCUCCUGCCUACUUCUCCAACUCUGGAAGUUGGAAGGAGGAGGAGCCACAGCCCUCAAGCCCUGCUCCACCCCAAGCAAGUUUCUCUCUCCAAGGCCCAGGCUGAGCGAAGCUUCCAUGUUUUUUAUGAGCUGCUGGCAGGGUUGGACCCCAUGGAACUUGAGCAGCUCUCUCUGCAGGGACCUGAGGCUUACUACUACCUCAACCAGGGCAGAGCCUGCAGGCUCCGGGGCAAAGAGGAUGCCCAGGACUUCAAAGGGCUGGUGGAGGCCCUGCGGGUGCUGGGCUUGUGUGCAGAGGAGCUGACUGAAGUCUGGGCUGUGCUGGCCACCAUCUUGCAUCUGGGGAACAUCUGCUUCUCUUCUUCAGAGCGGGAGUCCCAAGAGGUGGCUGCUGUGUCCAGCUGGGCUGAGAUUCACUUAGCAGCGCGGCUGCUACAGGUGCCACCAGAGUGCCUAGAAGGGGCAGUCACCAAGAGGGUCAUGGACACACCCUAUGGCCGGGUCUCCAGAUCUCUGCCGGUGGAAAGUGCUAUCGAUGCCAGGGAUGCCCUGGCCAAGACCCUGUACACAAGGCUCUUCAACUGGCUUCUGAAGCAGGUCAACAGGAGGCUGGCUCCACCAAGGGAGGCAGACGGUGUGGGCACCAUCACUGUCGUGGAUGCCUAUGGCUUUGAGGCCCUUCGGGUGAACGGCUUAGAGCAGCUGUGCAGCAACCUGGCCAGCGAGCACCUGCAGCUCUUCUCCAGCCAGCGGCUGCUGGCCCAGGAGGAGGAGGAAUGCCAGCAGGAGAUGCUGAGCUGGGUGCCCGUACCCCAGCCUCCGAGGGAGUCAUGCCUGGACCUCCUGGUAGGCCAGCCCCACAGCCUCCUGAGCAUCCUGGACUCCCAGACAUGGCUAUCCCAGGCCACAGACCACACUUUCCUCCAGAAGUGCCACUAUCACCACGGUGACCAUCCGAGCUACGCCAAGCCUCAGCUGCCCCUGCCCAUAUUCACUCUGCAGCACUAUGCUGGGACUGUCACCUACCAGGUACACAAGUUCAUAAGCAGGAACAGGGAGCACCUGGACUUGGCCAUGGUGGAGAUGCUGGGACAGAGCCAGCUGCAGCUUGUUGGCAGCCUGUUCCAGGAAGCAGAGCCGCAGGCUGGGAGAGAACAGAGCAAACCCACACUGGCCUCUCAAUUCCAGCGGUCCCUGGGGGACCUGCUAGCCCGGCUAGGCAGGAGCCAUGUCUAUGUCAUCCACUGUCUCAACCCCACCCCUGGAAAGCUCCCAGGCCUCUUUGAUGUGGGGCACGUGGCAGAGCAACUGCGCCAGGCUGGGAUCCUGGAGGUCAUAGGCGCCCGAAGUGCCCACUUCCCUGUGCGAGUGCCCUUCCAGCACUUCCUGGCCAGGUUCCGGGCCCUGGGGUCAGGGAGACAGGAAGCUUUCUCUGAUCGGGAGAGGUGUGGUACCAUCCUCAGCCAAGCACUGGGAGUGGAGUCACCAGUCUAUCAUCUUGGAGCCACUCAGGUCCUACUGCAGGAGCAGGGUUGGCAGCAGCUAGAGCAGCUGUGGGCUCAGCGGCGCUCCCAGGCCCUGCUCACUCUGCACCGGGGCCUCCGAGCCUGCAUCACCCGCCAGCGCCUCCGCCUCCUGCCCCGGAUGCAGGCUCGUGUGCGUGGACUCCAGACUAGGAAACGAUACCUCCGGAGGAGGUCAGCUCUGGGACAGCUGAACACUAUCCUGCUCGUAGCUCGGCCCCUGCUCCAGAGACGACAGAGGAUUAAACUACUGAGUUGGGGAUGGGCUGGUGGUGGUGUAGGGGCAUCAACUCUUGCUGGCUCUCUCCCACAGCUUGGGCAUUCCCGUGGCCCACACAGCAGGGAGGCCUGGGGAAAACUGUCAAGUAUGGACCUGGGGCACUUGGAGAUCCCAGCCCAGCUGGCUGCCCUGCUGAAGACAGCAGAAGGCCACCAGGCCACCCUGACUGGGAGCAUCACAGAGUCCCUGCCACCUGAGAUUCCUGUUCGGCCCAGCCUGACCCUCCCUCCGGACAUUGACCAGUUUCCAUUCUCCAGCUUUGUGUCCUCCAACUUUCAGAAGCCAUAUCUGCCUAGACCAGGGCAGCUGCUGGAUGAGCCCCUGACCCGGAUGGAUGGCGAGAAUCCUCAGCAGGCCCUGGAGAUCAACAGGGUGAUGCUGCGGCUCCUGGGGGAGGGAUUCCUGCCGUCCUGGCAGGAACAGACCAUGGGCACGUUCCUGAUUCGGAAGGCACAGCACCGGCCUGGACUUCGGGACGAGCUCUUCAGCCAGCUAGUGGCCCAGCUGUGGCACAACCCAGAUGAGCAGCAGAGUCAGCGUGGCUGGGCCCUGAUGGCGGUCUUGCUCAGCUCCUUCUCCCCUACGCCUGCCCUGCAGAAGCCAUUACUCAAAUUUGUAUCUGACCAGGCCCCGCGGGGCAUGGCAGCAUUGUGCCAGCACAAGUUGUUGGGUGCCCUGGAGCAGGCACCACUGGCUCCCAUGGCCUCAAGGGCCCAUCCACCCACACAGCUUGAGUGGAAGGCUGGAUUGCGGCGCGGACGUAUGGCACUAGAUGUUUUCACAUUCAAUGAAGAAAGCUACUCUGCAGAGGUGGAGUCCUGGACCACGGGGGAGCAGUUUGCAGGGUGGAUCCUACAGAGCAGAGGCCUGGAGGUGCCCCCUCGUGGCUGGUCUGUGUCACUGCAUUCUGGGGAUGCUUGGCAGGAUUUGGCUGGCUGUGACUUUGUGUUGGACCUGAUUGGCCAGACUGAGGACUUGGGAGACCCAGCUGGUCCCCACAACUACCCCAUCACUCCUUUUGGUUUAGCUGAGAACAUCCCCCCAGCCCCUGGUGUUCAGGCUCCCUCCCUGCCUCCGGGACCAGCCCCAGUACUGCCCGGCAGCGGCCCCCCAGGUGAGGCCAGGAAGCCAGGAAACCUGGAUGGUUUCCUGGACCCCCUCUUGGAGCCAGUCCUUUCCCCGGGCUUCAGAGAUCUGGAACAAGGCUGGGCCCUGAGUAGCCGCAUGAAAGGAGGGGGCUCCAUUGGGCCCACCCAGCAGGGCUACCCCAUGGUGUAUCCAGGCAUGGUGCAGGCACCCAGCUACCAGCCAGCUAUGAUUCCCGCACCUAUGCCCAUGAUGCCAGCAGUGGGCACAGUCCCAACCAUCCCAGCCAUGAUGGUCCCACCACAGCCACAGCCUCUGCUUCCCAGUUUGGACUCAAGGCAGCUAGCAUUACAGCAGCAGAACUUCAUCAACCAGCAAGCAAUAAUCCUGGCCCAGCAGAUGACCACCCAAGCCAUGAACCUGUCUCUGGAGCAGCAGAACCAGAGGCGUCAGCACCAAGCUCAGACCUCUGGGCCUGCUGCUCAGGCUCCACCCUCUGCCAUGGCUCCCAAGCCCAAGAAGCUGCCUACCCCCCAAGAGAAGCCAGAGAGUGACCUAGAACCUUCAGAUGUUGGCUUCAGAGAGGACACUCCAGAGGAGACUGAAGUUGGGCCUCAGCGCCCCAGGAGCUUCCAGCAGAAACGGGACUAUUUCCAGAAGAUGGGGCAAGAGCCCAUCAAGAUGAAGACAGUGAAGCCUCCGGCCAAGGUUCAGAUCCCCCAGGAGGAGACAGAGGAGGAAAAGGAGGAUGAGGAGGAAGCAAGGGCAGAGUUACUCCCUCCACAUCCUCCCCCAGCGGGGAAGAAGCCAUUGAAACAAAGUAGGAUGAAAGCUGUGAAGGAGGGUGAGGUGGAGCCAGAAGAGGAGGAAGGGCCGGCUCAGGGCAGGGAGCUGACAGCGCAGACCUCCACACCUCAGCGCCCACCACCCAGCAGGGCGCCCACAGUGCAGAGCUCCAACUCCACACCUCAGCGCCCACAACCCAGCAGGGAGAUCCGUAACAUCAUCCGCAUGUACCAGAGCCGUCCGGGGCCUGUGCCUGUACCUGUACAACCCACCAGGCCUGUCAAGACUUUUCAGAAGAAAAAUGACCCUAAGGAUGAGGCUUUGGCCAAGUUAGGAAUAAAUGGUACCCACUCACCUCCAUCGGUGAGCCAUUCUCUGCAGGGCAAGAGCUCUCCCCCACAUGUGGCCCCUAAACCCAAAGCUCGACCACGACUUGAGCCCUCCUUAUCCAUCCAGGAAAAGCAGGGACCCCUUCGGGACUUGUUUGGCCCAUGUAGCCCAAGCCCGCCCACAACUCCAGCACCCCCACCUCCACCAGCCCUUCCAUUGCCUCUGCCUGAGGAACCCAAGAUCCCUCCAGUGGAGUCUUGUGCCUUGACAGAGCCCAUGAAGGACCAGGGCAUCUCCACUCAGCUCCUUGUGCCCUCUGGUAGCGUGUGCUUCUCCUACACCAAUGCAUCCUGGAAGUUGUUCCUACGCAAGGAGGUGUUCUACCCCCGCGAGAACUUCAGCCACCCCUACUGUCUCAGCCUUCUCUGCCAGCAGAUCCUGCGGGACACCUUUGCAGAAUCCUGCAUCAGGAUCUCCCAGGAGGAGCGGCACAAGAUGAAAGACCUGCUGGGAGACUUGGAGGUGGGCCUGGACUCCCUUGAGACUGCUGAGGACAGCAUCAGAAAGCGCAUCGUGGUGGCUGCUCGAGACAACUGGGCCAACUACUUCUCACGCAUCUUCCCAGUCUCGGGUGAGAGUGGCGGUGAUGUUCAGCUGCUGGGUGUGUCUCACCGGGGACUGAGGCUGCUGAAGGUGACCCAGGACCCCAGCUUCCACCUAGACCGGCUGAAGACACUUUGCUCCUAUAGCUUUGCUGAGGUGCUGGGUGUGGAGUGCAGGAGCAGCUCCAUCCUGGAGCUGUCACUGAAGAAUGAGCAGCUGGUACUGCACACAGCCCAAGCGAGGGCCAUCAAGGCCAUGGUGGAGCAGUUCCUGAGUGAGCUCAAGAAGGACUCUGGCUAUGUCAUCGCCCUGCGCAGCUACAUCACUGAUGACCACAGUCUCCUCAGCUUCCACCGUGGAGACCUCAUUAAGCUACAGCCAGCGGUCACUCUGGAGCCAGGCUGGCAGUUUGGCUCUGCCGGGGGCCGCUCGGGACUCUUUCCUGCGGACAUGGUGCAGCCAGCUGCCGCUCCGGACUUCUCCUUUUCCCUGGGACACAGAAACAGCUUGCAGCUCAAGAGUAAGCUGCAGCGUCUCAAGGAGCCGGCUCAGGAGCGCCCCACCCAUCCCAGGAGCCAAGAACCCAGCGAAGGCUCAGAGGCCACCUCCUUCACAGCCUACAGCUCUUUGUCUGCCGAUUCCCACAACUACACCAUGCAGGAGUUUGCCCUGCGCUACUUCCGGAAGCCUCAUACCUUGCUGACCCAGGCAGGUGGAGGUGGCAAGGAGAAGGCUGCAGCCAACCUGGUUCAGUACACUAAGGACCCUAUCCAUGAAUCCCUCAUCUGCCUCAGCGAUGAGGACACAAACAGGAAGGCUGUGGCUGGCUUUAAGGCUCUGAUGCAGUUUAUGGGGGACCAGCCUAAGCCCCGGGGCACGGAUGAGUUGGCUCUGCUCUAUGAGCUGCUGAAGCUGUGCCAAGAAGACCUCAGGGAUGAGAUGUACUGCCAGGUCAUCAAGCAAGUCACAAAACACCCCCAGCCAAAGCACUGUGCUCUGGGCUGGAGCAUCCUCAGCCUCUUCACGGGCUUCUUCUCACCGUCCACCACUCUGAUGCCCUAUGUGACCAAGUUCCUGCAGGAUGCCAGCCCUAGCCAAGAGUUGGCCCAGAGCAGCCAGGAGAAUCUCCAGCACACAGUUAAAUACGGGGGGCGCCAGAAGCUGCCACCACCGGGUGAAAUGCAAGCUUUUCUGAAAGGACAGGCAGUUCGUUCACUUCUAAUUCAUCUGCCUGGGGGUGUGGACUACAGGACAAAUAUCCGGACCUUCACCGUGGCAGGAGAAGUGCUGGAGGAACUGUGUGGACAGAUGGGCAUCACAGACUCACAGGAAGUGCAGGAAUUUGCCCUUUUCCUCAUCAAAGGGGAAGGUGAGCUAGUUCGGCCACUGUCGUCCCAUGAGUACCUCAACAGUGUGGUGACAGACCAGGACAUGAGCCUGCACAGCCGGCGGCUUGGCUGGGAGACCCCGCUGCACUUCGACCACCCCACCUACACUGAAACCCACUAUGGCCAGGUGCUUCGGGACUACCUCCAAGGGAAGCUGAUGGCCAGUGCUCAGGCAGAUGCUCAGCUUGCCCGGCUGGCGGCCCUCCAACACCUCAGGAAAGCCAGCAAAGGUCCCCCAUCAGAGCAAGAGCUGCUGGCGUACAUUCCCAAGCCUCUGCAACAGCAGGUGAAUAGAGCCAACAUAAAGAGCUUGGUGGACCAGGAGCUGAGGCAGCUACAAGGAUACAGCUCGCAGAGAGCACAGAUUGACUUUAUUGAGACCACGGCCCAGCUGCCCCUCUUUGGCUACACUGUGUAUGUGGUGCUGAGAGUGAGUAAGCUGGCCCUUCCUGGGCCUGUCCUCCUGGGGCUCAACCGCCAACACCUUGUCCUCAUGGAGCCCAGCUCCCAGAAACUCUGCUGCUCCAUCCCCCUAAAAGAUCUGCAGCAGAUCCACCUGCUCAGCCCACUGGAGGACAAUGGGCCCCCUGGCCUGGAACUCAAUUAUGGCUCUGCUGACAACCCCCAGACUAUCUGGUUGGAGCUGCCUCAAGCCCAGGAGUUGCAGCACACCAUUAUCUUUCUGCUGGAGGGCGGCAUGUCCUCCACACAGUGGCCGUGACCUCUGCUGAGAAGGGUGGAGAUAAUGCAGCGGCGCCUCGCUGGGCAGCGCCUUGGGUGCUGGGUGGUUCUCGGCUGUCUUCACUGCCUGGCCCUUCUGAAACUUCCUGCGGCACAACCCCACUGGGAAGCUCUGAGGCAGGGGGUUGCCACAGUGACGUCAACCGGGUGUCCUCAACUCAGAGCUGGGCUGUAGGAAC